AGCGCUAUUUAAGCAAUAGCGAAAAUCAGACCUGAAAAAAAUCAGGCCUGUACGGGAUUCGAACCACUGACCUCAACUUAACUUCUACUAUUGACACAAUUUGUCUUCUACUAUUGACACAAGGUAUUCAUGAUGGAAAACGUUUUCAGCUGCACUGGUUUUCUGGAAGUUUUCUUCAUGAUUGCGAUAAAAUUACAGAUUCCUACGAACGUUUCAAUUUAUUUUCUUAUAUUUUGUGUGACAGCAGUUGUUUCUUAUACAUUUGUUUAAAAUUUUGCGCGAAGAAUUGGCUUACAGCCCACGUUUAAAACGCAGCGGUCAAAAGGAAGGAAAAGGAAAACUUGAGACCUUUUCGAACCCAAAGAUUAUUCGGAUUACGGGUAUCCUGUUAAUUUAUUAUUUUGUUAUGAGCUUUAUCGAAAAAGUUAUUACUACGCUCUUGAAACAACGCAACUUUUUGGUUGGGUGAUUGAGUGUAAUUCUUGUGUGACAACUUGGGUCUGACAGCCUGAACGCACGCCGACAGUUCAACGUUCGCGCAUGCGCUGAGACGUUUGACCACUGUGUCAAUCCAUUCACAACAACUAAAUCAUCAAAGGUAUGCUGUUGAGUAUCAAUUGAGUGUUAUGAGUGUAACACGACUGAAGUCCACUUCCAAUGGUUCUCUAUUUUGACUCGGUCACAAAUAAAUCUGUCUCUUGACUGCUUAAAGAACUCAUCACUCAAAUUAACCAAUGUUAAAGGGCCAAAUUAGAAAAAAUUAUCUUAAGUUUUCACCUUACCAAAAGUUUUUCAGCCUCUGUAAACUCCGCGACGGCCAUCACUUCCUUUUGCUAGAGAAUUCUUAAAAAAAAUUUCUAAAAGAUAGUUUCAUUUUUUAGUGCUUUUCAUACUCCCUAUACAACAAAAUUAAUUAUAUUUCUUCUUAGCUUUCUGUAAAAAGAAGGAAUUUGUCGUCUCAUUUAUAAUUUAAAUGCGUUCUAAAUUACGCCAACCACUUAAGACAUGUUUUGUGUAAACUGAAAUGUGAAAGGUCUGUAUUUUUUGAUGUGCUAAUUGCGGUUAAGAACCUUAUUAUCACUGAUUUGUCUUCAGACAGAAUUAUCAUCUAAUGAAUGCGUAAAGAUGCCUCUAACACACAAAGUUUCAGUAAGUAUGCUAAAGUUCAGAUAAAAUGGCGGAAACAAAAUCGAAACCGAUCCCAAGAAAGGACAAAAUCUGUGUUUGGACUUUCCCUGAAGGAACACAGCCUGCAGUUCGCGUUGAGGUCGACGGAGAGAAAAUCCGAGCUGAAGAUCUGCUGGAAAUAGCUGGAAAAACUUUGGGAAUUAACGCCAACAGUUUACAGUUUUUCGGUCUCUUCCGCGGAAUCGAAAAUCCUACUAAAAAGUUCGGUAACAACGAAUUUAUUUACCUUCCAUGCCGCUACGUUAUAUCAAUACAAAAGUGGUCAUUCGACGUUCCGAGAGAGCAAAAACAUCUUAAAACAGAUGCUGGGGCGAUGCACUUGAUCUGUUUACAGUGUAUUGAGGAUAUUCGAUACGGUAGGCUUAAGCCGAAACCAGAUCACAUUCCUCUAAUAAAGGAAUACAGAAAUCCAGCUUUUCCGUGCGACAAGCAGUACGUGGAACUUUGCCAGAAAAUGUUCGGGUAUGGCUACGUUUUCUUGAACGAUUGUACAAUUCAAAAUGAUGUUAAAAUGAAAGAAGUCUCACUCACUCAAGGAAUGCAGGUUGAUCUGAUAGCCAACCGCAGAGGAUUAAUGAUUAAAUCAAAGAAGUCAGCAUUUUUCGCUCCGUGGCGAAAAAUCCGCCGUUGGUCUCAGGCUCAGGGUGACAGCAUCCACUUUGAGAUCUACUUCACAGAGGAGCUGCGUUUUGAGUGGGUGGAAGUACAAACAGAACAAGUGGCCUUCCUUAUGUCAGUUAUCGCCGAGUUUGUCUACCUCAUGAAAAAAGAUCUCGAAGAACCAGAGGUGAACGCAUCCAUUUGGAGCAAGGGAAUCCCUGUGAAAAAGCUGACUUGGAAGCUCAUCAAGAAAGAGCUGUUUUCCAAAGACAAAAAACAAGAGGAGAGUGACGACGAAGAAGAACCCUGCCAGGGGUUUGAUAACCUGGAGGAAGAGGCUUCCACUGAUGAUGAAGAGUCUAGUGAUGGCGAGCAAGGAGCUAAAGCUGCUACAUCUUCACGGCGCAGCUCCCAAUACCGGUUCAGUUGAUAUUUUUAGGAAUUCUUUCACAUUUGUCUUCGUAAUUGGACCAGAAAAGAAACUGAUGGCCGUUCUACUGCUUAUUCUACACGAACAUUUGCUCGAAUUGAAUACGGCUCCUUCUUUCUUCCGUUUUUUUUUUUUUUAAAAAAAGGG